UACAUGUACAAAUUAAGUAGUACUCUAGUCAAGAAAUUCAUUAAUUGUAAAGUAGUUCUAAGUCAAUUAUAUAUACCGACUAUACUGAUUUAUAAUUUUUUUUUUCUUGCAAUAAAUUUAUGCAUGGAAGCUGAGUGGAACUCUCCUUCUAGGAAUUCUUAAAAAUUUCUACAAGUCACUUCUUUUGAAAAGUUAUUGUUGUAGAAAUAGACCACUAGGGGGGGCUAUAAUUAGCUUAAAGCUUUGAACUUUUCUAGUGUAUAUAAAGGCUUAGCGUGCUGACUAUGUGUUUUGCUUCACUUUAGGUUCAAAGACCUUAAACCCUUUAAAUUUUCCAUUCCUUUAAAGAAAAAAAAAAAAACAAAAGAAAAUAUAUAGUUUCUUCUCUAUGUCUACUAACAGCUGUAAAAGCUCAUCAAAUAAUACAAGUUGUAGUGAAGAUGACGGUAAUGAGCUCAGAAGAGGUCCGUGGACUGUUGAAGAAGACACUCUUCUCAUCCACUACAUCACUCGCCAUGGUGAAGGCCGAUGGAAUUUGCUAGCUAAACGUUCAGGAUUACGGAGAACUGGUAAGAGUUGCAGAUUGAGAUGGCUAAACUAUCUGAAACCAGACGUCAAGCGUGGGAACCUUACUCCUGAGGAACAAAUCCUGAUCCUUGAUCUUCAUUCCAAAUGGGGCAACAGGUGGUCCAAAAUAGCACAAUAUCUACCAGGAAGAACUGACAAUGAAAUCAAGAACUACUGGAGAACAAGGGUGCAGAAACAAGCUAAGCAUCUCAAAAUCGACGCAGAAAGUACGGCCUUUCAAGAAAUCAUCCGGAACUUUUGGAUGCCAAGACUGCUUGAAAAGAUUGAAAAUUCCCCAUGUACUUCAGCCAUACCAAUUCUCCAAAGCUCAUCACCAGCCGUAGGAGUUCCCAUACCUAGUGACACUAGUACUACUGCUAGUACUGCUUCUCACCUACAAUACUAUGGCUCAUCAUCAACACAUCUACGAUCUGGUCAAAGCAAUAAUGAACUUAACAACAUGACUGCUGGUUUGGCUAUGAAUGAACAGAGUUCCGACUCAGAAUCAAUGAAUUUUUCUCAGAUUUCUGAUCAGUUCCAUGAAUACCCAACUAGUAGUCCUUUUCAGCCAGCUAAUUUGCUUACCAAUAAUGGCUAUAACUCAUUUUUGGAGGCAUGCUCUUAUGGUGGUGGUAGCGGUGAAAGCAAUGCCUAUGACAAUCACAUGAAUUCGAACCAAUCAACAGUUUUAGAAGGGGGUCUUGGGCACCCUGUUGAGAGUUGCCACGUGGCCGGCAUCAAUUGGCCGGAUAAUGAUUUCUUUGCUGGGGUGUGGAACACGGAUGAUCAAUUAUGGCAGUACAAGAACUAACUAAUUUCUUUUUCAUUUCUUAGUUAAAGGAUUUUGUGUUCAUCCGAAAUAAAUAAUUAUAGGCUUUUUAUUUUUUUCUAGCUAAUCAUGAUAUGAAUCCUCAUCAAAUGGGGCCAUAUAUUUGUGAAUUUUCUACAAAACAAAACUAGAAAAGUCAUAUUGCAA